AUGGCUAAUGAAAGUCCGGAUAUGGAUGCUGGACAUUUUCUGAGAAUCAGCAUCGUUAAUGAUACAAGUAAAGUAUUGCCAGCUAUUUCAUCGUCUUUGUUUAUUUCUUCCUCGGUAAUAGUUUUUGGGAAGAUUUUAGCUCAUCAAAGCACGAAUAAUGUGAUUGGGUCGAUUGCUACAAAAGAAAUCGUUGAUACUGAUAGGACACGGAAGUUAACCAUUGAACAGGUUCACUGGCAUCAUCAUUUGUCGACCAUUCUUUCAUAUGCUCAAGAUGUCUAUUUAUGCGCUGUGAAGUCAGUUAUGGUUAUUACCAUCUUCUACUUGUUAUUAUCAUAG